UUGGUACCCCAAAUGGGAGGUGGAAAUGAGGAAAAAGCAAAAGUUAUUCAGACAUUGCUAUUUGUUUCUGGGCUGAACACCCUGUUGCAGACUUCCUUUGGGACUAGGCUACCUGCUGUGAUUGGAGGGUCCUAUACCUUUGUCGCACCUACAAUUUCAAUCAUACUUUCUGGUCGAUGGGAGGACCCAGACCCUGUUUCGAGGUUCAAGAAGAUAAUGCGAGCCACCCAAGGUGCACUUAUUGUUGCUUCAACACUUCAGAUUGUCCUGGGUUUCAGUGGUCUCUGGCGCAAUGUUGUAAGGUUUCUGACCCCACUUUCAGCUGUUCCAUUGGUGUCUCUUGUUGGCUUUGGGCUUUAUGAGUUUGGUUUUCCUGGGGUUGCCAAAUGUGUUGAAGUUGGGUUGCCACAGUUGGUCCUUUUGGUCAUCUUCUCACAGUAUUUGGCCCAUCUGAUACGCCCAGGGAAGCAUAUUUUUGAUCGCUUUGCUGUUCUUUUCACGGUAUCAAUUGUAUGGAUUUAUGCAUACAUACUUACUGUGGGUGGGGCUUAUAAUGGGAAGCCACAAAAGACCCAGAUAAGCUGCAGAACUGAUCGGGCUGGACUUAUUGGCGCUGCUCCCUGGAUUAGAGUUCCAUAUCCAUUUCAAUGGGGAGCACCUUCAUUUGAUGCUGGUGAAGCAUUUGCUAUGAUGAUGGCUACAUUUGUUGCUCUUGUAGAGUCCACUGGUGCUUUUAUUGCAGUUGCAAGAUAUGCAAGUGCCACUCCCAUGCCACCAUCCAUACUCAGCCGUGGUGUAGGUUGGCAGGGAAUUGGCAUUUUAAUAUCGGGUUUGUUCGGCACUGGAAAUGGAUCUUCAGUAUCUGUUGAAAAUGCCGGUCUUUUAGCACUAACACGUGUUGGCAGCCGAAGAGUUGUUCAGAUAUCAGCAGGGUUUAUGAUUUUCUUUUCCAUUCUUGGAAAAUUUGGAGCCAUCUUUGCUUCGAUUCCCGCACCCAUUGUAGGCGCUCUGUACUGCCUGUUCUUUGCUUACGUAGGGGUUGGAGGCUUAAGUUUCCUUCAGUUCUGCAAUCUUAAUAGUUUCCGUAACAAGUUUAUAUUGGGCUUCUCUAUCUUUCUGGGUUUGUCAGUACCACAGUACUUCAACGAAUACACUGUCAUUGCUGGUUAUGGACCUGUUCACACACAUGGACGAUGGUUCAACGACAUGGUCAACGUGCCCUUCUCAUCGGAAGCUUUUGUUGCUGGCAUCUUGGCUUAUUUCCUGGACAACACAAUGCACAAAAAGGAAAGUUCGACAAAGAAAGACAGAGGCAAGCCCUGGUGGAACAAGUUCCGAUCCUUCAAGAGCGACACAAGAAGUGAGGAAUUCUACUCCCUUCCCUUCAAUCUCAACAAGUAUUUCCCAUCAGUGUGAAUUCAUAUGGAGGAGACAGAAGGGUUCAUACACCAUAACACGGAAGGAGUCCCUUUCACACAUAUUUUCUUUUAUAUGUACCCAGUUACUUGCGGAAAAAAGAAAGUAUUUAAAACUAGUCUGACCAUUUUGAAGAUGCUUAGUGAAUUUGUUUAUUGUUAUUUUUCCGCUGUAAAUUGAUGGAUAUGUCGAGGAUUUAAGUAGCAAUAAUAGCAAGUCUGGUGUUUUCUACUCGUUGCACAAACUAACCAGCCAGCAAGCUAGCACAUCCACUUCCUCCUCCAGCCACUCUAUUGUCGAUUUUCGUCUUCGAAUUGUUAAUUUGUUAGCAGUAUUCUAUUCUAGGUUGUAUCAUGUACUUCAAAGUUUUGGAUCCAUCUUAAAGCGUACCAAAACUUGACGCUGCACUUGCUCUAGUACUUGAAAUGGAAAAGAACAAGCACUGGAAAAAAGGGAUACAGAAAAUAUAUCAUGUUAGCUA